UAAUUUGUUGUUUUCUUUUUGUUAUAGAUAGUGGAUGGAAACGCGAAAACGGACGUUUCAAAUCGGAAAGAACCAGGGAUGUUUUGUGGAGAGAGCGAACAACCACAAACGUUCAUGUCGGAGACGUCGUUUGUUAAGGUUGUGUUCCAUUCGGAAAACUUCACCGACCAAACCUACUUCAGCUUCGAUACUAGAGCGGAACAACAACUUGUCGUCUAUUUAAGAUAUGGACAACAUCCGGAAUUGUAUCCAAAUCGAAGGGGAGAAGUUGUACAAGGAUCUUAUUGUGAAAGAAUCUUCCGAGAUUGUCGAUUACAAACAUGUUACGUACAAUCUCCAGCGUAUCCAGGAGUUUAUCCAAGAAACCUUCACUGUAGAUAUUAUUUAAACACCCGCUUGCCGUUCAUUAAGCUUUACAUCGAAAACGAAGAGUUCAACAUCGACGGUCAAAGAUGCGAGAACAUCAUGACAUGCCCAAUGAGACCCAUUUCAUCAGGUCAAGAAAAUUGCCCCUUCGAUUACAUCAAAAUCUACGAUGGUAAAAACGAGUUCAGUCCCGUAAUAGGAACGUUUUGCGGAAUGGGAAAAUUCCCUUACUCAAUCAUCGGAACGUCUCAAGACCUUUUCGUCGAAUUCGUUUCAUCACCGGCAGGUCCUUUGCUCAACACCGGAUUUCAUUUCAACGUUGGAAACUGGCCCGGACACGUCGACACCGCCGGAAGUAGAAACGGAACGUGCGAUUGGUUACUUUCUUCAGAGAGCUUAAGAGCUUCUGGCGAUUCCGAAGGGAUUUUCUUAUCCGUCGCUCAUUGGUAUCCGCCCCAUACGAGUUGUACGUAUUUAAUGCAAGGAGAGGAAGGAGAAAUUGUUAGGUUAUAUUUUCCUAGUUUUCGAAUAAAUCGGAUAGAAUCGCCGAUUCAUCCGAUUGAAGAAGAUUGCGGGGAAUCUUUAACGUUAUACGACGCAUCUUGGCCGGAUGAUUCGAGGAUAAUCAAGACUUUUUGUGAUACCUUCUCCAAAGCAAUGGAAAAGCACGAUUUUGUGUCAACAGGGAAUGCUUUAUUCGUUCGAUUCGAGAGUAAAACCGGAAGUUAUAGCGGAUCUAGUUUAUAUUAUUGGGCUCAUUACGAUUUCUUCAAUAACACUCGAUUGGGUGAGCCAGUUCCUGAAAAAGCUUGCGAUGAAGUUUUCGCCUCGUGGAAAUCAAAAAAGGGAUGGUUACGUUCGCCGUUAAAUACUUUGGUGUAUAAACAAAACCCUAGUAGUGAGGAUGUGCAAUGUUUGUACAGGUUUGUAACGGAUAAGCGACUUUACGCAAGAGUUAUCUUAACGAUUUGUAACGUGCGGUUUAAAGAGCAUCCAUACAACUCGGGGUUAUGCACGAAUUGUUUGGAAGAUCGUUUAGAUAAAUUAUUAAUUUGGGAACCUCUCCCACCGGGGGCGAAUAAUUCGCACCCCCCAAUUUCUUUAUCAAAAGCAGCCCAAAGCGGGGAAGUAACCUGCAUUUGCAACCGCCACACAGGAUCAACCACCGUUAUUUCACGAGGUGAACAAUUAAAUUUGCAAUUAAUCGUUGAUUCAGCUCACGCAGCUAUUAGUUAUUUCAAACAUAAUUCACCAUUGUUUGAAGCAACUUAUGAAUUCGUGCAUGGUCCAUUGUGUGGACCCCCGAUUAUUCACCCAACGACUGAUGGUGAUAUUCAUUAUCCUUAUUACGAAGCGAUAGGUUACGUUGAGCCACCAAAGAGUAUUCGUUGCAUUUGGGAAAUUCGAGUCAAUCGAGAUCGCGAUUUGCUUUUAGUUUUCGAUCGGAUUAAGUUUGCUUCAAAGUUUUGCGAUGAUGGAAUAAUUGAUUUUUUUAUAAAAGGUCAACUAAAUCCGUAUCUUUCAAUUUGUGGCGAAAACGUUUCCUUAGCUAAAGAACUUCCAGUGUUAACAGCGGAACAAUUAAGCCCCGACGGGCGAGAACCCGGCGUUAUCAUCCAAUUUAUUGGGACAACAUCCCCAACGAGGGCUGCUUUUAAAAUCGCAUGGACCGAACUUUAUCAUUUACCAAGAAACACCGAUGGGAGUUUAUCAUCGAAGUUAUUAACGUCAAAAUUAACGGAGGGGGGGAGUUUUGGUGAUGGGAUGUUGGAACAUUGCGAAUUUAAAUGCCCCGGUGAAGCUGGGUUGUGUAUUCCGGCUCGUUUGGUGUGUAAUGGUGUGAUAAAUUGUCCGAAUAUAACCGGAAAUCGCGUUGGUGACGACGAAGAAAGUGAUGAGUCGGAGAAAUUGUGUCGGAAAGAGGAGGUUUUUGAGUACAAUUGGUUGUAUAUUGGUAUAGCAUCGAUUGGGUCGUUGGUUUUGUUGUGUUGUGUUUGCGUUUGUUUGUGUAGGAGGUGUUUUUGUAAAAAUUAUUGUAAUGACGAUGAUUAAACAAUUAAGCGAGACAAAAAGAACGAAAGGAAACGUGAAACGAGACUUUAAUAACUAAUUAAUUAAUUAACUAAUCGACGAAAACGCCUUAUCCAAAAGAAUAUAAACAAAAAAAUCAAGUUAAUUUUAAAGUAAAAGAGACGGAAAAAUUAGUUAUCGAGGAGUUAGUGUUCAUUUACACAGUCAAAUUUAAUACUGUGUUCUAAAGGCACAAACCACCGAAGUUCACUAAUCACUUCGUUUUUAAAGAAAGUAUCCCAUGCGUUAAUUAGAAAGGUAAAUGAGUUAAUAAAGAAUAAUAAGGAAAUGGAAAGCGCAAGUGUUCUAACAUAAAUCAUAGUUUAUCCAAAAAAUAACAAAAAAAGAAAAAAAAUGUCUAUAUAUUUUAAGAUUUUUUAACAAUGAACAAGAAAAAAUUGAAUUGUGUAAAUAUAUAUUCCUAUGUAAUUUCGCAUACAUAAGUGAUAAAACCGACAGAUGAUUACAAAAAAAAAGGAAAUUGUUCUAAAAAAUAA